AAUUGCUGUUGCUCUCUUUGUCACUGUCUUUAUCCACUUUCUUCCCCCAAUUUAAAUGUCGUGAGAAAUAAAAUUUUAAUUUUAUUCCGAUUUUGUUUUUGUUGAAUCGUGAAGGAGUUAAAUUUUUCCUUGUUUCUUUUAUUUUUAUUGCUAUGUAAUUGUAAUUGUUUAAUUCGCCCUGUUCUAUUCAUUUCCUGGGAGCUCUUCGCGAUUUUCUCUUCAAUUCGUCCAUGAUUUUUGGUGUUGUUUUUUUUUCGUAGUAGUUAGUUAGUGAAGUUGUAUAGUCGAAAAGUGGUAGGUUAGGAUUUUUUUUUUGUGUUUUUCUUGAAUUUUUUAUUUAAUCGUUUCAUGUUCGAAAUAAUUUCUGCGGAGUGUCAUACUGUCGUGAAGGUCUGGUUUUAGAACAGUUGGAUAAAUAAGGUAAACAAUUAAGAGUUUAAUUUUUAGAUUUUUUUUUAAUUUUUGAAGUUUAUCUUUGGUCGAAAAUUGGAAUUUCUUUCUGAAUCAUCUACGAGGUUUUUGCUUUGGUGAAAUUUGGAUUUCAAGUCCAAGAAAGCAAGCGAAGAAGAGGCGUACAAGUGAUUCCACUCGAUCUGGUCUAGCUCGGUGAAUGUGUGAGAUUUGUUAGUUAACUGUACUGGAUAAGUGAAAAUGGGAUCUCACAUGAACUUCAAGAACGUUGGUGAUGCACAACCACUGGAAGGCAACACAGGCAGUGGAAGGCCGCCGGGAAACCUCCCGUUGGCCCGGCAGCCUUCUAUCUUCUCGUUAACCUUAGAUGAGGUUCAGAACACCAUGGGUGGCCUUGGAAAGGAUUUUGGCUCCAUGAACAUGGAUGAAUUUCUCAAGAAUAUUUGGACUGCCGAAGAGGCUCAAGCCAUGGCAUCCACCUUCGGAGGGACUGAAGGAGGGGUCCCUGGCACGAAUCUGCAGCGGCAGGGUUCCUUAACUUUGCCACGGACUCUCAGUCAAAAGACGGUCGAUGAAGUAUGGAGAGACAUAUUUAAAGAAAGUGCUAGCGGCAAAGAUGGGAGUGGUAGUGGGGGAUCGAAUUUGCAGUCGAGGCAGCAAACUUUAGGGGAGAUGACUCUGGAGGAGUUCUUGGUGAAAGCAGGAGUGGUGAGAGAAGAUAUUCAAACAGGAACACCGAAUAAUAGCGGGAUGUAUGUUGAGACGCGUUCCAAUGACAAUAUUGGUCUGGCUCUUGGGUUUCCACAGCCAGGACAGACCAACGGAGUUGUGCUUAACCGAAUUGCAGAGAGUAACAAUCCCGUUCAUACUCAGUCUCCUAAUCUAGCCAUAAAUAUAAACGGAGCCAGAUCUUCUCAGCCGCAACAGCAGCAGCAGCUACCCCAACUCUUCGCAAAACAAUCUACGGUGGCUUUUGCCUCCGCAAUGCAUUUAGCAAACACCAACCAGCUGUCUAACCCAGGAAUGAGGGGUGGAGUUGCAGAUCCAAUGUUGAACAAUGGUUUUGGUCAAGGCGGUGGACCACAGAGUGGAGGAAUGGGCAUGGUUGGUCUAGGGGCCGGGGCUGUUACAGUUGCAACGGGAUCUCCAGCAAACCAGUUAUCCUCUGAUGGGCUUGGGAAGAGCAAUGGUGAUACAUCUUCCUUGUCACCAGUACCUUAUCCUUUUAAUAGUCUAAGAGGGAGAAGAUGCAGUGGGGCUGUGGAGAAGGUAGUGGAGCGGAGGCAGCGAAGAAUGAUCAAGAAUAGAGAGUCAGCUGCAAGAUCACGGGCUCGAAAGCAGACUUCUUAGUCGAGGGCAUGUAUAAGAAUUGGGAGUGGUGGCAGCUACAACAUCCAUAAAACCUAUUGUGCAGGAACUGUGGUCCCCACCAACACAACAAAGAAUAAAGUUGAAAUUUGAUGGGAGCUCUAGAGGUAAUCCAGGCCCUUCAGGUAUAGGGGAGUAUUCAGAGAUGGAGAUGGUAGAAUUGUUGCUAUGUUUUCGGGGCCAAUAAGAGUGAGAGACUCGCUGGGAGCAGAGGUGAUGGCUUUGCUUCACUGUGUAAGACAUGCCAAACAAUUGGGGUUACACCAAGUUGAGAUACAAGGAGACUCUAAAUAUAAAGGGAGAUUGGUGCUUGCUUCAAGUGGACAAGAAGAUCAGCUAAUGGUCUAGCUAAUACCUUAGCCAAACAAGGGAUCAUGAGGGAAUGUUUGUUCUGGAUAGUAUUAUAGUAAAGAUUACUUGGGGCUCAACACCCUAUUUUAGGGGUUGACAGUUGUAUCUUAAUAUUGUGUUAAUAAAAUUACCGUUUCCAAUCUAA